GAAGUGGUUAAGGAGCAUGAAGAUGAAUGUUUCAGCUGUGGAGAUGGAGGGCAGCUUAUUACAUGCAAAAAAACAGGUUGCCCCAAGGUUUAUCAUGCUGACUGCUUAAGUUUAACACGUAGACCUGCUGGCAAGUGGGAAUGUCCGUGGCAUCAGUGUGAUAUCUGUAACAAAGAGGCAGCUUCUUUCUGUGAGAUGUGCCCCAGCUCCUUUUGUAAAGUUCACCGUGAGGGAAUGCUCUUCAUCUCCAAGCUUGAUGGACGAUUAUCCUGCACUGAGCAUGACCCAUGUGGGCCUAAUCCUUUGGAGCCAGGUGAAAUUCGUGAAUCUGAAUCCUCUUCUAGCAGAAAGAGUGAUCCUAUCCAUCCACCUUCUACCACAAAAGCUGUAGCAGACAGUGCCAAGGAGAAAAGCCCUUCCUUAGUUGAUAAGAAAAGCAAACUAACAAAAGUGUUGCUGAGUCCCUCUUUAACUGGUACUCAAGAACCUGUAUUCCUGGCUCUAGGGGAAAAUACAAAGCCCCCUGGAAAGGUUUUAGUUGGGUGUUCGGAUAAAAUGUCCCUGUCUGCUGGGAAAAUACUUUUGACCUCUGCAGGCCAGAAGUCACCCACUGGUAGAAAGCUGAUUCUGGCCUCUUCAGCACAAAAGCCAUUGCCUCCUGGAAAAUUGCUGUUGGCCUCUUUGGGGAAGAAAUCUUUAUCUACUGGGAAACUGUUGCUGGCCUCUAUAGGAAAGAAAAGUCUGUCUGCUGGGAAGGUACUGCUAGCCCCUGUAGGAAAGAAUUCUUCACAAGUUGGGAGAGUGCUGCUAUCUCCUACAGGAACACACGCAGGGAAAGUCGUGUUGGCUUCAGCUGGAAAGUUACCAGCAGAGGCAGGGAAGGUGUUCUUGACUGCUGCUGUUAAACACCAGGCUGUUGCAGGAAAACCUGUUUUGGCCGAUGACAAAGUUCUAGCUGGCAAAUCUGAUUAUGUGAAAAAAAGCCAGUUUGAUCCUCAACCUAACAGUACACCUCAACCUCCUAGGACACUACCCCGUAAUACCUCUGCAGAUAAAUGUAAUACUCCUUUACAGAAAAAAUUAACUUUUGUCACACCUAAACAGGAGCCUAAAGAUCCCUGCCAAAAAGUGAGCACUGGUUUAACAAAAGAGAGGCCUCGCCGUGCUAAUGAUUAUCACGAUGGUUGGGACAGCAAAGAGCAGUCUAAGUCUUCUUCCCAGAGAUUGCCCAUUCGUACAUCUCAGGAGAAACUAAGCACCCUUGAAGGAAUAUUGUCUACGGCAGCCACAGAAGAGAAAUUUGAAAGCUCAGAACGGUUAAAGAAACCUGUAUAUUGUAUACAAACAUCCCCCACUACUUCAAAAGACCAAACUAGGAUCGCCAAAGAGAGGCUUCAUUCUGUAUCUGGCAAAACUUUCAGCCCAGUACCUGACAACCAUUCAGAAGAUAAAUAUUUGCCAUCUAUAGACUGCAUUGAAGAAACGUCUCUCUCUGAUCGACAAGGGGCAGGUGUUUCUGCUGGGCAGGAACUUACUACAGAGUGCCAGGCGCAAACCCCUUCUAGCGCUUCUCAAGGUCUUGCUGUGUGCACUGCACCUGAAAAGAAGUAA